AUGUUCACAGAUUUCGAACGAAUCGCGCAAAUCCUGCACGUGAGCGCGGAAGUUCUAGAUCAGCGGAUCGUCCAACAGGUAGCGAUUUGGAAUGGUCCCGUCUCGGUGACGAUUGUGCUACGAUCCAUCAACCAAUACCGUUGCGUUGUUGAAUUUCUGGAGAAAAUCCGUGAGGAAUACACGGCAGUGGCGCACUAUCUCCGCGCUCACAUUAUUUUCCACGAAAGUCUCUCAACCAACUGUACUAUCCCGUCGAUACUGCCGAUGUCAUCUACUGAGUCCGAUUGCAAGAACCGCAAAGCUACCGUCAAUCAAAUUGCUAACUAUCCAGUGAAUAUUGCGAGGAAUGUCGCUAGAAUGUUUUCCUCCUCGAAGUACAUCGUUAUCACUGAUUACGAGCAUCUCUUCAGCGAAGGGUUCGAGGCCAGCGUGAGAUCUAUUGCAUCUUGGAGACUCAGAGAGCAGCCACGGACGUUGCUCGCUUAUCGAAUAUUUGAGGUCGAUGACAAGGUCAAAGAACUACCUCGUAACAAGUCCGAUCUAUACAAGCUAUUCAAGGCAAACAAAGCUGUGGUUUUCCAUUCGAAGUACUAUCCAGGAGCACAUGACAUAAAUGGACUAGAUGAGUGGUUUUCAAAGAAUGAAACAGAUGACGGUUUAUUCGCUAGGGAUCAAAAAUAUGAUCGCUCGAAUUGGGAACCGCAGUUCGUAUCUCUGUCGCAAAUUCCCUUUCAUGAUGAGCGUUUCCCAUUUCAAUUAAGGGACAACACCGUACUUCGAUGGGAGCUGUGC